AUGAGGAUACCUAAUCUCGGCUCGGCCUCAGUUGCCCUGGCCUUUGUGUCAAGCGCGCUGGGGAAAACGGUUCAAUACAGUCCUGGAAGUCAAGCUGCUGGCAUAACUUAUCAUGUCAACAUCCCGUCGUCCACCGCGUCCUCCAAGUCCGGCCCCAUAUUCUUUCAAAUCUCGGCGCCAGAUGACAUUCAAUGGGUCGCUUUGGGACAAGGCACUGGCAUGGAGGGCGCAAAUGUCUUCAUGCUGUAUUCUGCGUCCGCUUCGAAUGUGACACUUUCCCCGCGGCUCGCGAAGGGCCUAUAUCAGCCUGAAGUGAACCCCAAGUCGAAAAUUUCCCUCCUCGACGGCACAGGAAUUAUCAAUGGCAAGAUGGUUGCGAAUGUGAGAUGCGAUAACUGCCUAUCAUGGGAAGGCGGCUCCAUGGACCCGACAGACACGAUGAGCUCAUGGCUGUGGGCGAUGAAACGGGGAAGAUCCAUCAAAUCGUCGAAUGUCGAUGAGAACCUACAACGGCAUGACGACAAGGGGUUAUUCUACUUUGAUUUAACGCAGGCGGUCGGUGGUAAUUCCGACAAUCCAUUCUCCGAUAUGCCUUCAGAUGCCCCGUCUCCAUCUUCUACCGGCUCCCCCGGCUCUGCUCCCGCACCAGGGGAGAAAUCAACAGUCGAAAUUAGGCGCAUUGCUCAUGGACUGAUCAUGUCGAUUGCUAUCGUGGUUCUCUUCCCGCUCUUCGCAUUGACAGUUCGCACCAUCCCGUCGAAGAGGACUGUUCCAUUCAUUCAUGCUCCACUUCAAUUCAUCACCCUCUGUUUAGCAAUUGCCGGUGCCGGCAUCGGAAUAUCGUUGGCCAUGGAUCUGAAGGUUAUCUCAGGCUACCACCCAAUCAUCGGACUUGUUACCAUUGGGUCGUUGCUCCUUUUCCAGCCGGCGCUUGGCCUCGUCCAGCAUAUUCAUUUUCGAAGAACCGGCGAGACGAGCUCCUUUGGCAUUAUCCACCGCUGGGGUGGCCGUCUCCUGCUGGUCCUGGGCGUCAUCAAUGGCGGGUUGGGUUUCAUGUUCAGCGGAAUCGGAAACCCCGGCGUGCCAAAAGCGGGCGCUAUUGCAUAUAGCGUGAUCGCGGGCGUUAUCGGGCUCAUCUACGCGGGAAUCAUCGCCGUGAAAUCGAUGAAGUCGAAAAUUAAUGACAGUGCUCAAGUAAAACUCGAUAGUUUUAACGGCAGCCCAAGACUAAACACCUCCGUCGGCCAGGGGAAUGGAGAGAGGAUAUAG